AUGACCGGAAUCCUGGGCUAUGACACCGUCCAGGUUGGAGGCAUUGUGGACACCAAACAGAUCUUUGGUCUGAGUGAAACCGAGCCUGGCUCCACCUUUUACUACAUCCCCUUUGAUGGGAUCCUAGGUCUGGCCUUCCCCAAUAUCUCCUCUUCUGGAGCCACACCUGUCUUUGACAACAUGAUGAACGAAGAUGGAGCAUUUGCUAUUGUCUCCUUAGCCGACCAUUCAUGGAUCUUCCUUGACUCUCCCGUCUCCAGUGAUGAGCAGAGUGGGAGCUUCGUGAUGUUUGGCGGCAUCGACUCAUCUUACCACUCUGGGAGCCUCAACUGGAUCCCUCUCUCUGCUGAGACUUACUGGGAAAUCACCAUGGACAGUUUGAAUCUCAUUUCCUGUCUGGACAUCGUGGCGAUCACAGCAGCACUGGCAACGAUGCAGAGCUCUCCAGCAGUGAUGGCCGUGCAGUCUGUGAAUAGAAAGAGGGCCCCAGCAUGGACUGAUCGGGAAGUCUUGGAUCUCAUCGCUGUGUGGGGCGAGGAGUCUGUGCUUUCCGAGCUGCGAUCCAAAAGACGGAAUGCAAAGAUCUACGAGAAGAUCUCUAAAGACAUGUCAGAGAGAGGAUACAGCCGGGAUGCAACGCAGUGCCGCGUGAAAAUCAAGGAGCUGAGACAAGGCUACCAGAAGACCAAAGAGGCAAACGACACUCCAGAUCCCAUCCCCAGACAUCCCGUUUCUACGAGGCACUGCAUUCCAUCCUCGGUGCGGCCGCCACCACUACCCCACCACUGACCGUGGACUCUGAGGAUGGGAUA